CUCAUCCCGACUUCUCCUAGCUUAUCGAUCUAGCAGCAACUUCGCAGCUUCAACCGUUGUUGAACGUGAACUCCACCUCCAUGAGAUCCGAAUUUUUUGGGGCUAAAGGAUUCGGAAGCCUCAGAUCUUCCCAUUUGUUGUCUUUACUUUUGGGGCAGAAAGAUCCUCCCAAAUUUCUCUCUUUCUUGGGAAAACAUCCUAUUUCUGAUCCCUCUCAUCCUCUUUUUUCUUUUGUUCCUUUAGGUUUGUUUAGAAAUCUGUUCCUUCUCGGGAGAUCUUCUUCCGAUUUCUAGACCAAACGAAUGUUCAGAAAGUACCCAAAGCCAGCCUUUUUCUUUCACAAAAAUCAUUCUCUAAACCUUUUCUAUCCUGUCUUGAAGGAGUUGAAGAUCUUAUUUUCCAGUUUUAUGGCACCUCUGCUCUCUUGUGACUUUCCUGUAGACUCCCCACGAUGCAUAUAUAUGUAUGGAUCGAUUCUGGGCCAGUCGCUCGAAUCACCAGUGCAAGAUUUGUGAAACGAAUCUAUUGUGAAGGAAGGUGAAGCCUGGUUGUUUAGAUCCCCAUCUAAUCUUGAAUGGGACUCCUCGUACAGAAGAAGAAACCUCAAAGAAAACGAGCUCGAUGGCUUUUGUUAGUUCCCAAAGUGGAGCAGGUGAAUUUGUGAAGGCUGAGAAGAGGCCAAUGUGCGAUCUAUCGAACAGGAAAUCCGACAUCUGUGAAGCGGACGGCGAUGUCAGAAUCAUCGGCAAGGAUACCCGGAUGGUGUAUGUCGCCCCUCCUGGAUCCGUGGAUGCCCAAGGAGGCGAAUCAUGGACGAUCAAGCCUUACGCUCGCAAAUGGGAUCCCGGAUCCGGCGCCCGUGUUCGGGAGGUGACCUUGAAACUAGUCCAUGGCCACGGAGAAGACAGGCGCUGCUCCGUCAACCACACCGUCCCCGCCAUGGUUUUCGCAGUUGGUGGAUGGACCGGCAACUACUUCCACGACUUCGUCGACGUCCUCGUCCCUCUGUUUGAGACCGCCCACCCUUUCGGCGGGGAGGUCCAGUUUCUCAUCGCCAAUAUGUAUCCGCCAUGGAUGGACAAGUACCGACCGUUCUUCCGGAAGCUGUCGCGGUAUGAGAUCAUCGAGUACGACAACGACGACACCGUCCGUUGCUUCAGGCAUGUGACUCUGGGUCUGAGGUGCACCAGCGCCGAGGACUUCCAGAUGGAGCCCUCCAAGUCUCCGCACGGGUACACCAUGUUCGACUUCGCAAAGUUCACCAGAAGCGUUUUCUCGCUCGAGAGAUCCCACCCGUUGAGGGUGGGCGAGCAGACCGACAAGAAGCCGAGACUGAUGAUCAUAACCAGGGCCCAAACAAGACGAUUCAUGAACGUGGAGGAGAUCGUUCGGAUGGCGGAAGAGGUGGGCUAUGAGGUGGUGGUGGCCGAGGGAGAUCCUGAUAUCUCUAAGUUCUCGAGGCUCGUGAACUCGUGCGACGUGCUGAUGGGCGUCCACGGAUCGGCGCUGACAAAUAUGGUGUUCCUUCCCACCAACUCUGUGGUGAUCCAAGUCGUGCCAUGGGGUAAUCUGGACUGGAUCGCCGGCCAUUACUUCAGGGAGCCUUCCAAGCAGAUGAAGCUGAACUACCUGGAAUACAGCAUCAACGAGGAGGAAACCACUCUCACCGCGCUGUACGCAAGAGACCACGCUGUGUUCAAGGAUCCCAUGUCGCUGCACCCUCAGAACGCAGAUUGGGACACCUUCUCCAGGAUCUUCCUCAAAGAACAGAAUGUGAAGCUCGACGUGAGAAGGUUCCGCCCUUUCCUGGAACAUGCCCUUCACAUCCUCAAGGAACAGCCGAGGGAAUGAGAUAGUCGGAGGUUCUGUAUGAAGAAUCAAGCUCUUUUAUUUUCCUUUAUUUCGAAGAAUAGUUGAUGAGUUUACUUACUGUUCCAAGUUAUUCAUUAAAAUUAUCGACAGCAAAUGUGACCGGACUA